AUGUCACCCAUAACCCUCCACCAACCCUCCAAAUACUCCCCCUCACCCACCACCAUCACCACCCCCUCCCCAACCAUCGACUUCCUCUCCCGCACCUGGGCCGUAACCCACUCCACCCUCCCCAUGUGGCGCAAAGCCCGCAACGUCAGAAUCACCUACUUCCCCCUCCCCCAACCCACCCCCGGCUCCCCUUUCAAAAUCUCCGACCUGGUCGAGUACGAGCCCCUCGACGGGUCCUCCCUCAAAAACGUCCGCGGCGUCGACACCGCCUCCGUUCCCAACUCCCUCACAAGCUGGGACUGGCGAGGCUCCAGCUUCCUAUUCUUUGUCACCUCCCACUGGGAAAUCCUGGGGUACGGAGAGGUCCCAGAAACGGGGGAGCGAUGGGUUGUAACUUGGUUCCAAAAAACCCUGUUCACGGCUGAAGGGGUGGAUGUGUACAGUGAUCGGAAAGAGGGGCCGAGUGAAGGGUUGAAAAAGGAGAUUUUGGAAGCGUUGGAAAAGAUGGAGGGUGGGGUCGGGGAGUUGUGUAGGAGGGAUAUGCACGAGGUAAAGGUUGAGUUGCCUUGGAGGGAGCAAUAG